AUGAGCACCUUCACGAAGUGCCGCACAUCUCUCUAUGUACCUCAAGUUGACCAGCUUCCGCUAUACGUGGAGAAUGAAAAUGACCUCCCACCAUAUGUCGAACAAGAAAUUGAGCAAGAAGACGAAAACAAAGUCCAGACAUUCCUCAAAGGAUUCCUGAAGUCGACCGAUGGACCUGAAAUCGAUCCUGUCAUUGUCAAAGACCUAUUGCCAGACGAAUAUCAACGAUUGUCGAAGAUCAUAUUAUCGGAUGCUCACAAUUUCGUUUUUGUAAGCGACUUGACGAUAGACGAGUUGUCAUUUAUCGCGGUAGCCAUCGUCCGGCUUCUUUUCAGCUCUAUAUAUCUCGGGAAGAAUGAGACUAUGUCAUGGCUAUUAUCGGAAAACCUGAUUACCGCUAAUACAGUUAACCUAGAUGGCAUGUCUCCGUUGCUGGCCGCCGUGAAGAUACGAAGCACACGAGCAAUACAAGAGCUGAUUGAUUUCGGCGCUGAGCCAGAUCAGUACGCCAUUGCAGGGUUCUAUGAGUUGCCCACUGGGCGGGCCCCGAUUAAACGAACCCCUCUACAACUGGCUGCUGCACUUGGAAAUCUCCCGCUUGUCAAAAUGUUCAUGGAAACAUAUCAAUGCGACGAUUCCAAGAUCGCACCAGACGGCGAGCUUGCACUGCGUUUGGCAGCAGAAAAUGGACACAGACAUGUCGUCGACUAUCUCCCCGUUCGGCGAGGAGGUGGAUGGAAGCGAUGGCGGACUGCGCACGAAGCGUCUAUGAUAAAAGCGAAAGCGGCACUCAAGUACAUUUAUGAAUUUGUAGCCUUCUUCAUAUACCAGGUUCCGAAGUUCUUCAUUUGGACGACCCCUAAGCACCUAUUUGUCAGGCCUCUGUCGAAAGGUUGCAAGUGGUGUUGGAAGAAUAGAAAGGGGUUGCUCCUCUGGAUCAAGCAUCAGGCACUACAGACUCCAGUCAGGAUGAAGAAGGCCGCGAAGUCCAUGUGGCCCGGAAUUAAACGAGUUCCUAAAGCGAUAUCAAGCAUGUCGAAGAGCAUAUGGAAAUUUCUCACGCAGUUCCUGCCGAAGUUUAUUUGGAGAGUAUGCACAAAGGAGAUACCGAAAAUCGUAGUCUGUGUGUCUCAGUGGAUAUGGCUGGUCCUAUCAUCAGCUGUGAAGUUGACAUCGAACUUUUUUCAGAAAGUUGCCUCACUCCUUCACACCGCCUUUAGUGCUGUGAUCUCCUUCUUCCGCAACGUUAGCCUUAUUGACAUCUGGAAUGGGUUCUGCGACGUGUUGAGGGUGAUAUUUAUCUCGUUACCCCUUAAAAUCUGCGAUAUAAUCGUCAAUUUUGGAGAGCUAACUUAUAAAAUUAUGGGCGGGAUUUUUGGACUCACUGGUAAAGUUCUUUGGUAUAUUGGCUUUUCGAUUCUUUUUCUCAUGAUGUAUAUUCCCACCCAUAUAUGGUUCAUCAUCAAGAGCAUAGGAACCUCAAUGGCUACAGCCUUCAGGGAAAUCAGGGUCUGGGUGAAUCCCAAAGCCUAA